UGAUAAUCAGAGCCGCCUCUCAAGCUGCAAAGAGACGAACUCAGAUUGCCUGUCCCCGGAAGUGGCGCUAAAGACCCGCCCCUAGGGAAGUGACGGCAAACGUGCCCUUGACAGGCGGGGAGGGCCCGCGCUGCACAGAGCUCUUCCUACUUCUUCGCCUUACGGAUGGCGCAGCGACUUCUCCUGAGGAGGAUCCUGGCCUCCGUCAUCUCCAGGAAGUCCCCUCAGGGUCGAAGGGCACCCCUCACCCCCAGGGUCCUGCAGACGCCACAGUGCAGUCCUGAUGACUUGACGGUAACACCCAGCCAAGCCCGGUUGAUAUACACCACCAGAGCAUGUACAACGACCUUUAACAUCCAGGAUGGACCUGACUUUCAAGACCGAGUUGUCAACAGUGAGACACCAGUGGUUGUGGAUUUCCAUGCACAGUGGUGUGGCCCCUGCAAGAUCCUGGGGCCAAGAUUAGAGAAGGUGGUGGCCAAGCAGCAUGGAAAGGUGGUGAUGGCCAAGGUGGAUAUUGAUGACCACACAGACCUCGCCUUACAGUAUGAGGUGUCGGCCGUACCCACUGUGCUGGCCAUCAAGAACGGGGACGUGGUGGACAAGUUUGUGGGCAUCAAGGAUGAGGACCAGCUGGAGGCCUUCCUAAAGAAGCUGAUUGGCUGACAACAGGGAAGACUCCUGGCUGCCUUUGCCCACCUGGGCCCCUGCGGUCCUGGGUGGGAUGCUGACAGAACUCAGAGCCCUUCUGUGCUGGCCCUUCCCCCCUCCUCCCUUCUGUCUGGCCCCUGUGGCCCAUGCUUUGGAGACCAGGCCUCCAAACAUGGGGACCUCAAGUGCUUGCAGCCCAGCUGACUGCCAGGGUGGCCAUCAGGAAUGGAGCUGCUGCUGAUCUGGGGACAGCCGCCUUCCCAGCCACUCUGUUUCUUCUGUCUGCUCCCUCCGGGGCUUACGGCAGUGCCCCCAGAAGGCUUGGAGAGAGCUCCAGAGCCAGCCUGCGGCGUUACUGCUCCAGCAGUCACAGCUCGGUCCUCAGCUCCAUGGUCCCUUCCAACCUGAACCCUGGUGCCUGGCUCGUCUGCCUCCUAUAUUUUCUUUCCUGUGACUGUUUUUUGUAAAAAGAAAAAGAAGGAAAAAAGAAACCCCAACAAGUGGGAGUAAUAUUUAGUUCUCUCAUUUUUUGUAGGUCUGUAAUAAAGAACUUUAUGUGA